UCACUAAGAUACGUCUUUGCCUGCAUACUUGCUGAUAAGCUUAGCGCGGCAGUUAUAAAAGUUGGAGAUUAUUAAACGUCGCUAAAAUGAUAUUAAUAUAUAUUGGUGUAGUAAUUCUUAUUAUAGUUAUAAUUUUAAUUGCAUUGCAUAAAUGUUUGGAAAAGAAAAUUGUUUACAAGAAUCUUAAAAAUAGGCACGUCGUCAUUACCGGCGGGUCGAGCGGUAUUGGCAAAUCUGUGGCUAUUGAAGCGGCUAAACUAGGAGCCAACGUUACGAUAAUCGGUCGCGAUAUUCAAAAACUCAUUUUAAGUGUUAGUGAAAUAACUGGUCAUUGUAAACCGUAUAGUGGACAAAAGGUUAAUUAUAUUUCUUUAGAUAUUACAUCGGACUAUGAUACGAUCCAGAAGUGUUUAUCAAAAGCAGAAUCGGAUAUUGGACCAAUAUUUAUGUUAAUUAAUUGUGCUGGAAUGUGUAUUUGUGGCCAGUUUGAAAAUAUGAAGAUAGAACAUAUAAAACAGAUGAUAGAUUUAAAUUAUUUUGGCACAGCCUAUCCAACAAGGUAUGUUCUGCCAGGAAUGAAAAAACGCAAUGAAGGCUUAAUAGUAUUUGUUUCUACAGAAGCUGCUUUGUUGGGAAUAUAUGGAUAUAGUGCAUAUGGUGCUGCGAAAUGGGCCGUACGUGGCUUAGCUGAAUCUGUCUUCAUGGAGUUAAUUGGAACUAAUGUGAGAUUGACACUUGCAUUUCCACCAGACACUGAUACUCCUGGAUUUAAAAAUGAGGAACUCACAAAACCCAAAGAAACAAAACUGAUAUCAGGUUCUGGAGGUCUUCACACACCUGAGGAAGUUGGGAGAAAAUUAAUAAGGGAUUCAAUGAAUGGCAAAGUAUACUCCGUAUUUGGUUUCAGCGGACACCUAUUAUCAAUUUUAUACUGUGGGACAAUCGACAAUGUUACACAAGUUUUACUCCAAAUAUUUUCUUUAGGUAUUUUAAAGGCUGUUAUGAUUGGAGUACAGUUAUCAUUCCAUAAAAUUGUAAGAGAUGGUUUAAAAGAUAAAGACAUGAGUGACAGUGAAAAAGAAAAAAGUUUAUAACACCAUCACAAAUAAUGUAUCUAGUCCUGUAUCAUUAUUAACACAAUUUAAAAAAAAACUAUAACUUCUUAAUUUGGUAGUGUUAAAUGCUAUUAUAACUUUAAUAUUCAAAAUCAAUUAAAAUUUAAAUAU